GAGUAUUUAUGUACUACACAUCCGGUAUAGACAGUGGUUUCUAGGUCCGACAGCAACAAUAUCUAAUAUCUGUUAUGGACAAGUGCUAAUUGAUUUACGUUGGUCCAUGCAUUGCUGCAUACCGGAUUGCAAACCAAGCUGACAGGAACUACUCACAGAUAGGUUAGACCAAAAGAUGGAACAGAGCAUUUUGGAAGAUGGCACCUCCUGCACACCAAGCCAGGACUUUGAUAUGAUGAGUGCCUUUGAAUGGAAAGAUGGAAUAGCUACACUCCCGGGUAGUGAUAUACGGUUUCGAUUAAAUGAAUUUGGUACUUUGGAGCUUAUCACAGAGAUAAAGACAGAAACUACAGAUUCCAACAAUGACUGUCUGAGUACAUCAUCAUUUUCAGGACUUGGAAGCAGUGUAGACACUACAGCUGCCUCACAAGAAACAUCCACUGUGGCUGCCUGUUGUGAGAUCUGUGGAUGUCCCCUGGAUAUGAGCAUCGCAAAAAGUAGUAGGUUCUGCAGUCCAACGUGUGCACAACGGCUGGAGGACAGGAGUUGCAAGGCCAGCCCAGGAGAAUGCAAAAAUGGCAUGAACAGUAACAGUAAUCUAAGUAUGCUUAACAGUGCAAAUGAUGCUGACAGACCUCUUAAGCGAAUGAGACGGAAAAGAAAACUGCUUUGGGAUUCAGAUGACGAAGAUGAAAAUCUAGAUGAAGAGGAGGAAAAGAUGAAAAUAAAUCAUUUGAAGGGCCGGAGACAUCCAAAACAAAUUAAACUAGUUUCUGGUAGUCUUGGUAAAAAGAACAUGUGGAACUGGGCUGCCUAUUUAGAAGAAGAGAAAAUGCCAGCAGCCCCUCUCAGAUUGUUUAAGGAGUUCCAGUCAUUUCCUCAAAGCAGAAAUGGAUUUAAAGUUGGAAUGAGACUGGAGGGUGUAGAUCCAGAGCAUCCAUCAAUAUUUAGCGUUCUGAGUGUUGCAGAGGUGCAGGGUUACAGGAUACGACUACAUUUUGAUGGGUAUCCAGAAUGCUAUGAUUUUUGGGUAAAUGCAGACUCUCCAGAUAUUCAUCCUGUUGGCUGGUGCGAAAAAACAGGACACAAGCUACAUCCACCAAAAGGGUACAAGGAAUCUGAAUUUAACUGGACUACAUACUUGAAAACUUGCAAGGCCCAGGCAGCACCCAAAAAUCUUUUUAAAAGCUUAAAUACGCCUGUUACACCAUCUGGAUUCCGGGUUGGCAUGAAAUUAGAAGCAGUGGAUAAAAAGAAUCCAUCUCUGAUAUGUGUGGCUACUAUCGCUGACAUGGUGGAUAACCGUUUAUUGAUCCAUUUUGACAGCUGGGAUGACAGUUUUGACUAUUGGUGUGAUGCUAGCAGUCCUUACAUACGAUCUGUUGGGUACUGUCAAGAAUCAGGAAUUCCUCUUACAACUCCUCCAGAUUACAAAGAUCACACAACUUUCUCCUGGGAUAAAUACUUGGAGGAGACAAACAGCCUUGCAGCUCCUGCAAGAGCAUUUAAGCUGCGUCCAGCUCAUGGAUUUCAAGUGAACACAAAGCUAGAAGCAAUCGAUAAAAGGAACCCGAUGUUGAUAAGAGUGUCAACAAUAGUAGACAAAGAUGAUCAUCGUAUAAAGCUGCAUUUCGAUGCCUGGCAUACAAAUUAUGAUUAUUGGAUAGAUGCAGACAGUCCAGACAUUCAUCCCGUUGGUUGGUGUGCAAAAACAGGGCACCCUUUACAGCUUCCACCAAGUCCCACAGAUUUUGUAAUUACACCAGGACAGGGUUGUCCUACUCCAGGAUGUCAAGGACUUGGACAUAUCCGAGGACCCAGAUAUGGAACACAUUAUACGUUAGUAGGCUGCCCCUAUUCAGAGGCAAACAUGAACAGAGAGGCAUCCCUACCAGAUCGUCUGAAUGGAGAGAGACCACCACCUGCAGUAAAUGCUCAGAAGACAAAGAGGGCAGAAACACCAACACCAUCUAUAGAUUUGCAGGAGGAUUCACCACAUUCAAAAAAAUCUUCCUCACAUGAUGGUGAACAGUCAGGAAGAAGUAGUGUGCACAGCUUUACAGAAUGUUCCGAGAAUGGGCAGGACAAAGACUUAACGGAGGAUGAUCACUGUGCUGACAGCAGAGUGAAAAACAAACGGCAAAACUGCAACCAAGGAGUAUGGAAGCUACAGCUAGUGAAAGAAGAACAACCAGAUGAAAAAGACCCAGAAUUUACACUACAGCAGAUACUCCACCAGUCUGUGUUUAUGUCUUCACUCUCAUCCAAUCCAGUAAAUCGGCUCCAUCUCUGCUGGGAACAUCAUUGCAAGCUUCUUCCAGAAGUUUCAGGCCUCAAUGCAAAGAGUGUGGCAAAAUGGACAAUCGAAGAGGUAGCCAGUUUUAUCCAGCGACUACCAGGUUGUAAAGAGCAGGCUUCCAUAUUCAGAAGUGAGCAAAUAGAUGGAGAAGCCUUUCUUUUGUUAACACAGACGGACAUAGUCAAAAUCCUGAAUAUCAAGCUGGGACCUGCACUUAAAAUCUACAAUGCUAUACUCAUGUUCAAAACUGCAGAAGACUAAAAUGAAAGUCUAGCAAAGGGAUGGAGGAAUCUGUGCUUCCAUUAGUCCAUACUGAUCAAUUGUGUUAGCCAGGAUACAGCUGGGAAUUCCUCUCAAGCAGCACAAAUAUUUGACUAAUUGCCCAUGUUUCCUGGUAUUAGUCAGAUCAGAGAGGUUACUCAAGCUCAACACCAUUUUUUGUGUUCUCAAAUUACAAGGAUAUGGAGGUCAGUGAACAAUACUUAUCUCAAAGAUAUUUGAAGAGGAGAUCAAGAGAACAUCGUGCUUUAACUGAAAGUAACAGGGUGACUUUGUAACGCUGCUUUGGUUAUGAUUUGGAUAUGGUGGUACCAGUACUAGAAACCUACAAGGAGACUGUAAUUCUCAUCUAUUUAUUUUAGUCAUUUUUUAAAAUACAUCUUUUUUAUACAUUGUUGCAUUUGAUCAAAUGUUCAUCAUUAAGGCCUAUAUGUUAUGGGCGUUCAGGAACUGUAGAAUGUAUUGAAUACUUCUUUGUUUCAAAAGAAAGUUGUACUGUAGUUCAAGGCACUAACUUGCUGCAUUAUGAAUCUGUUCAUCUUUUAGUAUAAUGUAUAAUGAAACAGUGAUUAUUAUAAAACUAAAUAUUCUGUAAGGUUAUUUGGGAGUGUGGUUUGAUUAGUCUAAAGUUGACGCAGCCUUAUUUUACUAUUCACAAUGGAAUUUUGCUUCCAAGUUUUUAAAUGCAUUAUCAAAUCUGUUUUCCUCUUAAAGCCAUACUGUGAAUACAAGUCUGAAGCAGUACAGAAAUCAAAUGCGUUUUUUUAUUUUUCCAAAAUAAACAAAGCAUUUGAAUUUG